AUGCUACCAACAGGUGGUUUUCUAGUUGGUGAUGAUGCUUUUGCACUGAAGACAUUUUUAUUGAAACCAUACAGUGGCACAAACCUCACAAGAGUACAAAAAAUAUUUAACUAUCGAUCAUCUAGAGCACAUAGAAUAGUUGAAAAUGCAUUUGGCAUCCUAACAAGCAGAUUUAGAAUAUUUCAAAAACCUAUACCAACUGACGUCAACACAACCGAUAAGAUUAUUCGAGCCUCACGUGCUCUGCAUAAUUGGUUGCGCCUAACAAGUCCCAGUUGUUACUUUCCAAAGGAUUGCGUGGACGUAGAAGAUAUUGACUCUGGAACAAUUGUUGAAAGGACUUAG